AUGUCAAUUCCCACGCGAAAAAUUGGCAGUGCCAAUGUCUCUGCUGUUGGUUUCGGUGCGAUGGUCAUUGCUGGUGCCUAUGGGCCAGUAACGGAGGAAGAGAUGUUCAACGUCCUCAAUACCGCUCAUGCAACAGGUUCCACUCUAUGGGAUACUGCUGACCGCUAUGGCGGAUCCGAGGAAAUCCUGGGUAAAUGGUUCCAGCGAACUGGACUCCGUGGGGAUAUCUUUCUCUGCACCAAAGUGGGCACAGUCAUCGAAAACGGCAAACCUGCGGUGAAUGGCAAACCUGACUACAUUCGAGAAGCGGUAGAGAAAUGCUUGAGGAGACUUCAGGUUGAUUACAUCGACCUUCUUUACCUUCACCGCGCAGAUACCCGUACACCAAUCGAGCUCUCUGUAGGAGCAAUGGCCGAAUUCGUCAAAACAGGCAAAGUUAGAUUCCUUGGACUUUCUGAGGCAUCAGCCAACACCCUCCAACGAGCACAUGCAGUCCACCCCAUAUCUGCGGUGCAAGUUGAAUACAGCCCUUUUACGCUGGACAUCGAGGACCCCAAGAUCGCCGUCCUUGAGGUUGCUCGUUCACUUGGUGUUUCCAUCGUCGCCUAUUCUCCCCUCGGUCGGGGCCUGCUGACCGGCAGCUAUAAUUCCCCAGCGGAUUUUGGCGAGAAAGACCACCGACUUGUAAUCCCCAAGUUCAGCGCUGCAAACUUUCCGAAAAUUCUCAAGAUUGUUGGGACUUUAGCCAGGCUUGGCGCUGAGAAAUAUAAUGGUGCUUCAUCUAGUCAAGUGGCACUCGCAUGGCUGCUCGCGCAAGGACCUGAUGUUAUCCCUAUUCCUGGAACGAAGACUAUCAAGUAUCUCAGGGACAACGUUGCAGCUGCGUCCCUUCAAUUGACGGACGAAGAUAACAAGGCGAUUCGCAAGCUGGCGGAGGAGGCAGAGAUAGAAGGAGAACGCUACCCGCCAGGCCAUUCACAACAUCUGUUUUGCGAGACUCCGGACUUUUAA